AUGGGCAGCAUAGUGAACCCAAAUCAUACGACGAAACUCGUGCAGAAGACCAUCUACACCAGGAAUAUUCGUGGUCAAUAUGCCUCUGGCCUCAAUGGGACUAAGUGGAAGCGCCAGCUUUGGUCUAAUUCCUUCAUCCAAAGGCCGCCUGAACGCCCCCUAGCUCGUCAGACACCACGUCUUUGGUUUGCGCUCGGCACUGCGGCAUGUCUCGCCAUCGGCGUCCCUUUGUUGCGGACAACUUCCGAAAACGCCAUCGAAGAAACUCGAACACAGGCCGCUUUGCAGCCGUCUGUCCCAAGCGAACUCACCAAGAGGAUAGAUGCUAUCUCGGACGUAUUCGGCCAGGGAUCAACUAAGGGUCUCUCCUUCCUCAAAUCAUCAGCCCCUAUCCAGACGAUAUCAACCUCCAUCUCAUCGUGGACGUGGCCCACACUGCCUACGCCUGACAUCCCAUGGCCGGCGUCUUUCAGCGUGGCAGAACUCCAGGAACGGUUCUCGGUCCUGCUUCUCGAGCUAGGGCGCGGCCCUGGAUCGCUGUAUGACACCAUCGUGAACAGCCCCCCAGAUCUGGACGUCAACCCCGAGUGCGAGUGGGACGCGGAGGUACGCGUCGGGGACGACCUGUGUAUCUCCGAGCGGGCGUUCUUGGGCGAGCGCAAGCGAAGGAUGAGGGCUUCGUUCGCAAAGUUGAUGGGCGUGCCUGAGAACGAUGUUGACGAGCGCGAUCUGCCCAUCGUCGCCAUCGCGGGUUCAGGAGGAGGUUACCGAGCUAUGCUGAACACACUAGGGUCUCUUACUGCCGCGAAGUCUACUGGAGUUCUCGACUGUGUCUCGUACACGGCUGGAGUGUCAGGCAGUUGCUGGGCACUAGGUAUCCUCUACUCUGGAGUCGCUGGAUCUACUAUUCCGAGCGAUGCGGCAGCGCAUGCGAAAGAUCGUAUCGCGACGAGCUAUGUGGACAUAGAGACUUUGGAUGCCCUGAUUACCCCUCCGACCAACAAGUACCUUUUAACUGGCCUACUCAGGAAGGCAGUUGGCGAAGCUGGCGCCGUGUCCUUGGUCGAUCUUUACGGCACGCUGCUGUCGUACAGGCUAUACGUUCCUUCAGAUCUGACCCGGCUAGACCCUCGCCAUCUUUCCCUCCACUUCUUCCGCCGGCACAUCGAUGAUGGCUCUCUCCCUCUCCCUAUUUUCAGCGCCAUACAGAAUGUGCAUCCUACUCAAGAGCAGGCUAAUGUGCUGAAGGCGCUGGAAGAAGCGCGGAGCCGCAGCGUCGACAGUGAUCGCUCCAAUUUGCUGCAGAGAGAACAAGAGAGCUUAGCGCGGAGCAUUCGUUGGCUAUGGUACGAGUUCACUCCGUAUGAGAUUGGCUGCGACGAAAUAGGAGCAUGGAUUCCAUCAUGGGGUCUAGGACGUCGGUAUAUGUAUGGUAAGAACAUAGAACGAAAGCCCGAGACGAGCUUUACGAUACUGGCAGGUAUUUUCGGCUCUGCGUUUUGCGCCUCCUUAAAGCAUUAUUUCCGGGAGGUAGAACCUGCAUUGCGAGUUCUGCCACUACAGCUAUACAAUUGGCUGGCGGACAUCAUAACAGAGAACGAGCACGAUCUCGGACUGAUCCAUCCCGUUCUCCCGGAUCAGUUCCCCAAUUUCCUCAAGGGUCUCGCCGGCCAACUGCGCGAUGGCAGUCCGCCUGAUAUCACUGAGCAAGAAUAUCUCAGUUUCAUGGAUGCCGGAGCCGAGCUCAACAUCCCCUACUAUCCGUUUCUGAGGAGGAAUGUGGACUGCAUCAUCGCUCUAGAUGCCAGUGCAGACUCUCAGGAUCUCUGGUUCUCUCGUGCGGAAGAACUUGCCGCGAAGCGCGGCCUAAGGACCUGGCCGAAGGGGGCAACGUGGCCGACUCGCGUGUUCAGCGGUGAUACAGGCGGACAGAAGUCUGAACAGGCUCCCGAGUACGAAGCGUCGACUCCCGAGUCUGCCAAUCUGAAGCUGGCCCAAACUCAGGAAGCCGCACUUGCCAAGCAGGCAGACAAAGAGGACUCAACCGAGGCUCGAGCGCUACCGACCGACUCCUCCGAACCCGAUGCUCGGCCGCAGUCGCUGAGCUCGUGCGAGGUGUGGAUCGGGUCGUCGACUUCCGCCGAGGAGAUGUCCGCUCGUCUGGACGAGCUCGACGAGGCUGCGCUCCUACAACGGGAUGGCAUCGGCGUAGUCUACAUUCCCCUCAUCCCAAAUGUUCGUCACGUGCCAGGGUUUGAUCCGCUCAGCAUCUCGACUUGGAGGCGUGAAGUCUCUACCGAGGAGAGCCAGAAGCUAUUGGAUGUUGCAGAGGGGAACUUCGAGGAUAGUAGGGAGAAGAUCGUACGGCUGCUCCGUGCUGUGUGGAUGAGGAAGCGGAUGGACAGGCAGCGACGAGAGUGGGAGGAACGCCUUGUGCACGUUCGCAGACAGUUGGGCGGUCAUCUACAAUGAGCUCAUAUUAGACACGCAUACAUUCC